CGGGCCGGAUAAUACAGGGACACUGUGCUUCUGAUAACAUGGCUUCCGUGCUUCCAUACAUUGUACAUCCAUCCCUACAACAGCCAUACCGAAAGACGGAUGAUGACUGCAUAAUCCCGUACCUCACUCUCUUUCCCUGCUCCUUUUCACCCACCUCCACCUCCUCAACCUCGUCCCUCGAGCCCCUCCUCAUUGACUGCCUCUGCUCCCCUGAACCGCACCACCGCCCCUCCCUAACCUCCUGCUUCUCAACCUCCUGCCCACCCAUCCCCCUCCUAACCGCCCUCAACGCCACCGCCACCCUCUGCCACGACGUCCCCCGCAACCGCUCCCCCCAAUUAGUCGUCCUGACCCUAACCCUCGGCAUUCUAAGUCCUCUCCUCGUCCUCUCCCGCCUAGCUUUCCGGCUCCUAACCCACCCCUCCGGCCGUCUAGGCCUAGACGACUGGGUCAUUUUCUUGUCCAUCCCCCUGGGAAUCCCUUACACCAUCCUCAUCUGCUAUUCACUAGCCAAAGCAGGAAUAGGGAGAGACGUCUGGACCCUGAGCCCAAAAGAGGUGACGGAGUUUUUGAAGGUGUUUUAUGUGCUGAUUGAGUACUACGUUGCGAUAAUGGCGUACGUCAAGAUGCCGUUUUUGUUUAUGUAUUUGCGCAUCUUUGGGGAAUCUCGAAAAACGAGGAGGGUGUUGUGGUGCACGCUGGGGUGUGUGGGCAUGGUGGGAGUGGCGUUUUUGUUGCCGGUGGGUUGUAGGCCGGUUAGUUUCUUUUGGGAGGGGUGGGAUGGGGAGCAUGAGGGACGGUGUGGCAACGUCAACACCUCGGCAUGGACCCAGUCCAUCGUCACCAUCGUCCUCGACCUCUGGAUCAUGGCCAUCCCGUUGUCUCAGCUCCGGAAACUCAACAUGGAUUGGAAGAAGAAGUUGGCCGUUGGUUUGAUGCUGUGUGUCGGAGUCUUCGACACAAUAGUCUCCAUAAUCCGCCUCCACUCCCUCCUCGCCUUUCAGCCUUCCACCAACGUCACCUGGGACUACUACCCUGUGGCCGUCUGGUCCGCCGUCGAGUACCACGUCGCUGUCAUCUGUGCCUGUCUCCCGGCCAUGCGCCAGUUGUUGGUCAGGGUGUUCCCCAGGUUGGAGAGUAACAUCGGGAAGAGCAACGCUAGUAACGGUGUCGGUGCGGGUGGUGGCGGGUGUGAUGCGGGACGGAAUACUCCCAGGUCUGGGACGCAUCAGUAUCAAUGGCAUGGACAGUCGAGAGGCGUGAACGGCCGGAAUAGAGGGCCGCGGACGAGGGCAAUGGCGGCAGAGACGGAGAGUGAGAGGGAGAUUGUGCUUGGGAGCUUCCGCAGGAGUGCUGGUAGUAAUGACGUGGAGGUUUUGGAGGUGGAUGAUGUGGAACGAGAGUCUGCAGAUGGGAGGAUAUUGGCAAGUUCUUCGAUGGACAGUACAGAGAAGCGAGAGGGGUUCGGGUUGAGUAUUGUCGGCUGUUGGACGGAGGAUGGCGGUCGUGUAGAGCCGGAAGGGUUUCCUUCAAGUAGACGAUAG